UUCGCGGUUGCAGUCGGCGGGUGAAAGACGGAGCUCCGCAACCGACAGUCGUUCUGAACUUUGGCCGUCUGAGCCUCGCGUGACUCCAUCGUGUCAGCCCAUAAAAGAAGGCGUGCGACGAGACAGUCCAUACGUAAACCGCCAGAAACGGCUACAGCAGACUUUCUUUUGGGUGGCUCCAUCAUGUCUUAUCAGAACGCUCGCCUGCAUGACCGCUCCAUCAUCAUGCUCCUGGGCGUCCUCAUCGGCGUGGCGCCUGCCAUCGUGGCGGUCUCGGAAAACCCUGCUGCGACCCUGUCGGUCCUAGAGAGAGCAGAGAAUCACAUCAGUGAACUGUCGAAGAUCGUAUUGGACUUGAAGAAAAGCCUUCGCCCUCGAGAUUGCGGAGACCUGCUAAAGGCUGGACAAAUAAACAACGGAGUUUACGUCAUUUUUCCGACCUCGGAUUCAAAGGGAACAUCGGUCUAUUGCGAUAUGAACACCGACGGUGGGGGAUGGACCGUUAUUCAAAACAGAGGCCAGUAUGGGAACAGUGCCUACUACUUCUACCGAAACUGGACGGAGUAUGCAAAUGGAUUUGGAGAGAGGGAUAAGGAAUAUUGGAUUGGAAACGACGUGCUGCACGCCCUUACAUCUGAAGACAGGGGAUUCUCUCUACGAAUUGAACUGAAAAACGACACAGGAGAAAGCCUGGUUGCCAACUACAAAAUCUUCAAAGUCGCGUCUCAGGCUGACCGCUACAAAAUGACGGUCGGCGGCUAUUCCGGACCAUCAGAUUCGGACUCGUUCAUCUCGAGGAACGGAAUCAAGUUUAGCACCUUCGACAGUGACAACGAUAAUGACAACAGCAACUGUGCCACGACCUACAAAGGCGGUUGGUGGUACGCCGCCUGCCACAUCAGCAACCUCAACGGCCUUAACCUGAACGGGCCGCACACGAGCUACGCUGACGGCAUGGAGUGGUCCAGGCGGAACCACGUCGAAGGCUUGUAUCAUUACUCCUACCCCGAAACACGGAUGAUGAUCCGGGAAGCCAACCCCAUGCCCGAAGCAGUUUGACCGAGUCAGAGUAACCUUCCAUGAAAGACUGGGAAAAUCUGUAUGAAAUAACGUUCACUGCACUCGAGAAUAAAUUGAACUCCACCUGAACCGGAACGCCACCCGAGCCCUCUCGGCAACUUGUGGAACUUGAAAA